AUGGAGGUGCCUAUGAAGCAGCAGCUGCUGGAGACUUUGCAGGAUUUGGGAGAAGAAGAACUGAAACUCUUCCAGUGGUACCUGCAGGAUGCUGAGUUACUGGAUGGUUUCCCUGCCAUCAAAAAGUGCCAUCUGGAGAAUGCAGGCAGACUGAAAACAGUGGACUUGAUGGUCGACAUGUACACUACUAAAGAUGUUAUGCAGGUGGCCAAGUUGAUUUUAAAGAACAGGAAUGAAGGAAAACCGUCACAAGUUGGGCCGCAAGACUCGCCAGCCCAUACAGCUUCUGCAGCAGAGACUCUUGACAAAUGCCAGCCUAAACUGAAAUCUAAUCUGAAGAAGAAGUUCCAGUGUGUGUUUGAGGGGAUCGCCAAAGCAGGAAAUCCAACCCUACUGAAUCAGAUCUACACAGAGCUCUACAUCACAGAGGGAAGGACUGGAAAGGUCAAUGAUGAACAUGAGGUUAGGCAGAUUGAAACAGCAUCAAGGAAACCAGCAGCAGAAACAACCAUCAGACAAGAAGACAUCUUUAAAGUAUCCACUGGAAGAGAUGAACCAAUCAGAACAGUGAUGACAAAGGGAGUGGCUGGUAUUGGGAAAACAGUCUUAACACAGAAGUUCACUCUGGACUGGGCUGAAGACAAAGCCAACCAGGACAUACAGUUCACAUUUCCAUUCACCUUCAGAGAGCUGAAUGUGCUGAAAGAGAAAAAGUUCAGCUUGGUGGAACUUGUUCAUCACUCCUUUACUGAAACCAAAGAAGCAGGAAUCUGCAGGUUUGAACAGGUCCAGGUUGAGGUCAUCUUUGACGGUCUGGAUGAGCGUCCACCUCCUCUGGACUUCCACAACACUGAGAUCCUGACUGAUGUUACAGAGUCCACCUCAGUGGACGCGCUGCUGACAAACCUCAUCAGGGGGAAACUGCAUCCCACUGCUCGCCUCUGGAUAACCUUAGGACCUGCAGCAGCCAAUCAGAUCCCUCCUGAGUGUAUUGACAUGGUGACAGAGGUCAGAGGGUUCACUGACCCACAGAAGGAGGACUACUUCAGGAAGAGGUUCAGAGAUGUGGAUCAGGCCAGCAGGAUAAUCUCCCACAUCAAGAGAUCACAAAGCCUCCACAUCAUGUGCCACAUCCCAGUCUUCUGCUGGAUCACUGCUACAGUUGUGGAGGAUGUGUUGAAAACCAGACAGGGAGGAGAGCUGCCCAAGACCCUGACUGAGCUGUACAUCCACUUCCUGGUGGUUCAGUCCAAACUGAAGAAGGUCAAGUAUGAUGGAGGAGUUGAGACAGAUCCACACUGGAGUCCAGAGACCAGGGAGAUGAUUGCGUCUCUGGGAAAACUGGCUUUUGAGCAGCUGCAGAAAGGAAACCUGAUCUUCUAUGAAUCAGACCUGACAGAGUGUGGCAUCAAUAUCAGAGCAGCCUCAGUGUACUCAGGAGUGUUCACACAGAUCUUUAAAGAGGAGAGAGGGCUGUACCAGGACAAGGUGUUCUGCUUCGUCCACCUGAGUGUUCAGGAGUUUCUGGCUGCUCUUCAUAUCCAUCUGACCUUCAUCAACUCUGGACUCAAUCUGCUGACAGGAAAGAAAGCAACCUCAUUGUGGGCUAAACUCUCAAGAGACAAAUCAACACAUUUUUACCAGAGUGCUGUAGACAAGGCCUUACAGAGUCCAAAUGGACACCUGGACUUAUUCCUCCGCUUCCUCCUGGGUCUUUCAUUGCGGACCAAUCAGAAUCUCCUACGAGGUCUGCUGAUACAGACAGGAAGUGACUCACAGGAAACAGUACAGUACAUCAAGAAGAAACUCAAAGAUACUUCCUCUGCAGAGAGAAGCAUCAACCUGUUCCACUGUCUGAAUGAACUGAAUGAUUUUUCUCUAGUGGAGGAGCUCCAACAGUCCCUGAGAUCAGGAAGUCUCUCCACAUGUAAACUAUCUCCUGCUCAAUGGUCAGCUCUGGUCUUCAUCCUACUUUCAUCAGAAAAAGAUCUGGAUAUGUUUGAUCUAAAGAAAUACUCUGCUUCAGAGGAGGCUCUUCUGAGACUGCUGCCAGUGGUAAAAGCCUCUAACAAAGCUCUACUGAGUGACUGUAACCUCUCAGAGAGAAACUGUGAAGCUCUGUCCUCAGUUCUCAGCUCCCAGUCCUCUAGUCUGAGAGACAUGGACCUGAGUAACAACAACCUGCAGGAUUCAGGAGUAAAGCUGCUGUCUGCUGGACUGAGGAGUUCAAACUGUACUCUGGAAACUCUCAGUCUUUCAGGUUGUCUGGUCACAGAGGAAGGCUGUGCUUCUCUGGCUUCAGCUCUGAGCUCCAACCCCUCCCAUCUGAGAGAGCUGGACCUGAGCUACAAUCAUCCAGGAGACUCAGGGGUGAAGAUUCUGUCUGCUGGACUGGAAGAUCCAGACUGGCGACUGGACACUCUCAGGGUGGAGCCUGGUGGAGUCAGAUGGUUGAGACCAGGUCUGAGGAAGUAUUCCUGUGAACUCACACUUGACGCAAACACAGUGAAUAGAAACCUCAAACUGUCUGACAACAACAGGAAGGUGACACAUGUGAGAGAGGAUCAGUCGUAUCCUGAUCAUCCAGACAAAUUUGAAUUGCCUCAGCUUCUGUGUACAACUGGUCUGACUGGUCGCUGUUACUGGGAGGCUGAGUGGAGAGGAGAUGUUUACAUAUCAGUGAGCUACAGGGGAAUAAGAAGGAGAGGAAACAGUGAAGACUGUUGGUUUGGAAAGAACAAUCAGUCCUGGAGUCUGUUCUGCUCAGAUGGUUUUUACUCUGUCUGGCACAAUAACAUAAGGACAUCCAUCCUUUCCUCCUUCUCCUCCGCCUCCUCCUCCAAUAGAGUAGCAGUAUAUGUGGACUGUCCUGCUGGCACUCUGUCCUUCUACAGAGUCUCCUCUGACUCACUGAUCCACCUCCACACUUUCAACACCACAUUCACUGAACCUCUGUAUCCUGGGUUUGGGUUAGCAGUAUGGUCGUUUGGUUCCUCAGUGUCUCUGUGUUCAGUAUAGCAGAGAGUCUCCUGCUGUUGAACAGAUAGGCCAGUCAGUACAUAUCUGUCUGUUUCACUCACACACAUUUUCAGAUUCAUGAACUGAGUCAAUGUAUUACUCUUCUAAAUGAUUCCUUGUCAAGGUUUUCCUCCCCCAGUUCUUUAAAGA